AUGGAUUCUUACGAUCAAUACGCGACAGCCUCUAAGGCAACCGUCUGGCAUGGUGAUGGCCGCGAGAAAGCCCUUCAAGCCCAUAUCCUCUCCCAAUGCAGCCUCCGCAACCAACCCGAAGCAAUCCUUGCCGAGAUCGACCGCUGGGCCACCGAGAAAAAAAUCUGCAUGAUGACCAUCGGACCGGAGCGAAGUACCCCAAUCAUGAACCUGAUCAAUUCAGCUCGCCCCAGCACCAUAGCCGAGUUAGGCGGGUAUAUUGGCUACUCGGCCAUCAAGUUCGGGAACGAGAUGCGUCGUUUCGGAGGGACACGGUAUCUUAGCCUCGAGUUUAGCGCCGAGUAUGCAGCUGUGGCGAAUUCGCUUAUUGAAUUCGCUGGACUGGGUGAUUUUGUUCAAGUAAUUGUUGGGCUGGCCUCGGAGUCGUUAGGGAAGGUCGCGGAGGAGUUGCAGACGGGGAUUGAUGUGCUUUUUAUCGACCAUUAUGAGAGGUUCUAUCUGAGUGAUUUAAAGGCUGCAGAAGAGCUUGGAUUGCUGAAGGCGGGGGCUUUUGUUGUAGCCGACAAUAUUGACGCCCCUGGAGCAAAGGAUUACAUGCAGUGGGUUGAAGGAAGGGGAGAUGAUUUCCUGACGGAUGAAGGAAGGAGAUUCAAGUAUGAGUCUCAGAGAUUGCCCUAUAUGCUCCCUAAUGGACAGCAGGAUGCGCUUUUGAUUUCAAAAUUGAUAUAA